GGAAGUUUGAUGAUUAUCUGAUCCGACAUCAGGUGAAGUACCUGGGCCUGAUGGAGCACUUGCGGGUGAGACGAGCGGGCUUCGCGUAUCGGCGGAAGUAUGAACUCUUCUUGCAACGAUAUAAAUCCCUCUGUCCAGCUACCUGGCCGCAUUGGCAUGGACCAGCAGCUGAGGGUGUGGAGAGGCUCAUCAAGCAUAUUGGAUACAAGCCUGAGGAAUACAAAUUAGGAAGAACCAAAAUAUUUAUUCGGUUCCCAAAGACUCUGUUUGCUACUGAAGAUGCAUUUGAAUUCAGAAAGCACCUGUUAGUUUCAAGACUACAGGCCAAAUAUAAAGGAUGCCUUGGGAAAAGAGAAUACAAGAAGAAGAGAGCAGCAGCUAUCAAGCUGGAGGCUUGUUGGCGAGGAGUGCUGGCACGGAAGGAGGCCAAGAAGAGGACGUGGGCAGUUCAGAUAAUCAGGAAAUUCAUAAAUGGCUUCAUCAACCGGAAGAAACCCCUUUGCCCAGAGAACAUUGAAUUUGUGCGGCUUGUGCAGUACAACUACUUGAUGAAGCUCAGAGACCACAUUCCAAAAAACGUCCUGGACAAGAGCUGGCUCCAACCUCCUUCCAUCCUGGAAGAGUUGCAGCAAAAAGUGGUUGCCAGUGCCAUUUUCAGAGGGAAGAAGGAGGGCUAUGUGCAGAGCAUAAACCAGCCCUUCAUGGACACCUGGCUCAAAGAGAAUGAUAUAAACCCCAAAGUACUGCAGCUCAUCCACGGUGAGAAGAUCAAGUAUGUGACCCCCGUGAUAAAAUAUGACAGGAACGGGUUCAAAGCACGAGACAGGCUGCUGGUUCUGACCCAGUCUGCAGCGUAUGUGGUGGAACUGGCCAAGAUCAAGCAGAAAAUAGACUACGCCACUCUGAAAGGUAUUUCCACCAGUAACCUGAGCGAUGGGAUUGUAGUCAUUCACGUUCCUGAGGACAACAAACAGAAGGGAGAUGUGAUACUUCAGUGUGAGCAUAUCUUCGAGACAGUCACUAAACUCUGCAUGCUGGCCAACAAGCAGAACCUUGUUAAAGUUGUGCAGGGAAGCCUGCAGUUUUGCAUCGGCUCUGGGAAGGAAGGGACGAUGGUUUUUACCGUUGGGCAGGAGCCUCAGGUCUUCAAAGCCAAAAAUGGACAACUAACAGUGGUGUCAACCCAGGCAAAGUCUUGAUGAGAAACAGUUCCUGUUCCUGGUCAGUGUCAGCCAGGAACGGAAAGGAGCCUGCAGGAUGAGACCAGCACUCACAUCUCCCCUGGAAUCUUUGAUGCCAUAGGGCUGCUGUGAUUGGAGAGUUUGCUUGCAUCUUUUAGGCUCUUUUUUUUUUUUUUUUCAACUCUAGCUAAAUAAAUUC